GCUGGGCGCCUGCUCACCAUGGACACUGUCGGGUACAGCAAGUGGGGCGGCGGGCUUGAGGAAGUCCCUGGAGGGCACCAGGGACGCUGGGGACAGAGACUCCUCUUCCUGGGCCUGGUUCUGGUGGUAGCCACAGCCCUGUGGGCCCUCAUUCUGAGCAUCCUAGUUUCUAAAGCCUCCACAGAGCGAGGGGCGCUGCUUGGCCACCAGGACCUGCUGAGGACAAACGCCUCGGAGCAGACGGCGGCGCUGGGUGCUUUGAACCGGGAGGUCCGAGCCUGCAACAGCUGCUGCUUGGGGACACAGGCGCUGCUGCAGAGGGCACGCACCGAGCUCGGCGAGGCGCAGGCGAAGCUGAUCCAGCAAGAGAGUGCCCUGAAAGAACUGAGCGAUCGCGUGACCCAGAGCUUGGCUAAAGCGGGCAGGGACCGCGAGGACAUCCGCAGUGAGCUGUUCAGGGCUCUGGAGGCCAUCCGGCUGGGGAACAGCUCCUGUGAGGAGUGCCCCGCAUCCUGGCUGCCCUUCCAGGGCUCCUGCUACCUUUUCUCCGUCGAGCGGGCCACGUGGGAGGAGUCGCAGCGCCAGUGCGCGGGUGCAGGCGCGCACUUGGUGAUUGUUGGGGACCUGGAAGAGCAGGGCUUUCUGAGUCGGAACACUCGAGGCCGAGGUUACUGGCUGGGCCUGAGGGCGGUGCGCCGCGCGCGCAAGAUCCAGGGCUACCAGUGGGUAGACGGAGUCCCGCUCAGCUUCAGAAACAACCCCGACAAACCACUGCAGCCACUGGAACGUGGGGGAGCCCAAUGACUCUUUGGGGCGUGAGGACUGCGCUAUGAUGCUACGCACAGGGAUGUGGAACGACGCACCGUGCGACAACGAGAGGGACAACUGGAUCUGUGAGAAGAGGCGCAGCUGCUGACCCCGCCCAGUGCCCGCAAACCUUACCCACGCCUCCCCUCACCCCAGGGCGAUCGCUUGAGCUGUUCACCGUCCUAGCGCCGCCCACCGCCAUGGGAUUUUUUCCCCCUCUACCCGUGACUACUGAGAACCGUCCCGCCCAACCCAACACAGGCACUGGGACCUCCACUCCAACCUCACCGCGAGCCCUCACACAGACAUAACCUAGCCUCCACCCCCACCCAAAUCCCGGCUCCUGGGCCGGACCACGGACCCCACCCACCUCCCUAACGAAAGCAAGCCAACUCAAGGAGAGAGCUGUUGGUUUUCUUGCAUUCUCCCCCAAACUGGGAGGCCUCACAGAUACGGGUUUUGGGAGCUGUCUUCGCAGCCCUAGGAGGAAGCAUCAAUAAAUGCUUGAGAAAUGAA